CACACCCACCCACACACACCAACUACCCCACCACCACCCACCAACACCACCACAACCCACGGUCACGUGAGUGAUUCCACACGCGACAAUCCACACACAGUCUGACGUUUUUUACAGACUCGUCAACAACACAAGAACAACGCAACAACACCCACAACAACAACAAACACCACCACCCCACCCAUCCCGAGCAAUGUCUGGGCGAUUCCAAGUUCGCCAGGCGGCGGAGAGAGACUGUGCUGACAUCGUGCGCCUGAUCAAGGAACUUGUCACGUACGAGAAACUCCUGGGCCAGGUGGACAUCACAGAGGAGGACCUCCGUCGUGAUGGGUUUGGAGGGAAGCCGCUCUUCCACUGCCUGGUAGCCGAGGUGCAGCAUCAGCAUCAGCAAGGGGCCAUGCUGAUUGGCUACGCGCUGUUCUACGACACCUACUGCACCUGGGUGGGACGCUCGGCAUACCUGGAGGGCCUCUACGUCACCACAGAGUUCAGAGGAAGAGGAGUUGGCAAGGAUCUCCUGCGGAAGGUUGCGGAGGUUUGCCGGCUGAACGGCUGCGUGCGUCUCACUUUGUCUGUGCUGGACUGGAACGCCCCGGCCAUGGACUUCUACCGGGCACGGGGCGCCAGCGACCUCACAGCCGCCGAGGGCUGGCACCUCGUCCGCUUCCAGGGGGCCGCCCUCGCCUCGCUGGCCGUGGUGGGGGGGGGCACGGCCGUGGUGGGGGGGGGCACGGCCGUGGUGGGGGGGGGCACGGCCGUGGUGGGGGGAGGCCUGACCAGCCCCGCGCCGGCCACUCCUUCCUCCUAAGGGCACCUCGCCAGCAAACCCGCGCGACAUUCACCACGCUACGGCCUCACCACGCUACGGACACACCACGCUACGGACACACCACGCUACGGCCACACCACGCCCCCGGCCACACCACGCCAAAAGACAAAGAUCCCCCGUGUAGCCUGCAAGAGACUGGGGGGCAAGUGCCGUUAGUAGCGAGCAGCAGC